UCCAAUAUAUAAGUUAUAAGUCUUAUUUGAGGUAUAUAUCACUGUAAGCUUUUUUUUUUUUUUUUUUUGUUAAACGAAUUCGUGUUUCUGUAAAUCUGACGUGUAGCUGAGACGGUUUAGACCUGGACACGCACAAGUUUAACUUACGUGUUGAAAAGCUGAACUUCGAUUUGACCCGGAAGUACGUGGACCAUAGGCACAGAUCAGAUGUUAUGAAGUGAAACACACGGGCUGAAGAGCCAGGCUUUGUGAGCAUGGACUCAUCAGAUUCGGGUUUAGCUUUAGACCCAGGAGAACGAGAAUCCAAAAUAAACAGCAAAGGUCAGUCGAGAGCAGAUGCGGCAAUCGGAAGGCAGCUCAGUGAACCAGGCCGAUUUGCCUAUGCUGCUUUGUGUGCCGUGUCCCUCGGUCACCUUUUCCCAGGACCAGAACUAAGGGCAUUUCGGGAGCAGUAUCUGGAAUGCUUUGUGCAAUGGCUUGGUCUUGACGAGUCCGUCAUGCCAGUGAUGCAGGCCUUCCUGGCUGGACUUGGGUGUGAAGGCAGUGACACCUUCCUGUCUAUUCUUCAGGCAGAGCCGCUUCUCAGAACUGGAGCUUUGCCUGUUACACAGGAUCUUGUUUCCUUCUCAGUCAAAGAUGGUGAGUACGACGCCAGGGCUCGUGUCCUGAUCCGACAUGUCAGCUGCCUACUGCGUGUCUGUCCUCAGCAGCUCGAAGAUUUUGAGGAGACACUCGGAGAACAAUUGAGACAAGGAGGGGAGGAGAGCGAAGAAGAGUCAUCGCGAAGACGGAAGAAAGAAAGAGGGCGUGCGCUUCGGCGUUACUUGCUAAUAGGUCUUGCAACUGUUGGUGGUGGUACAGUGCUGGGUGUGACAGGGGGUCUGGCUGCACCCUUAGUAGCUGCAGGAGCAGGAGCAGUGUUGGGUGCCGGUGGAGCUGCUGUUCUGGGCUCAGCCACUGGUAUUGCCAUCAUGGCCUCUCUGUUUGGUGCAGCAGGAGCUGGAUUAACUGGAUAUAAAAUGAACAAACGAGUGGGUGCAAUCGAGGAAUUUGAGUUCCUUCCAUUAAACUCAGGGAAGCACCUUCAUGUGACUGUGGCUGUCACAGGAUGGCUGUGCACUGGCAAAUACAGUUCCUUUCAGGCUCCAUGGCGCAGUCUGGGUGCCUGUGGUGAGCAGUACUGUUUGAAGUGGGAGUCUCGCUACCUACUGGAUCUGGGCUCUGUCCUGAACACACUGUGGGAUGGGCUGGUCAGCAUUGUUGCACAGGAGGCCCUUAAAUACACAGUCCUAUCAGGCAUCGUUACUGCGCUCACUUGGCCCGCGUCUCUGCUAGCGGUGGCGAGCGUGAUUGAUAACCCAUGGGGAGUAUGUCUGAGUCGCUCAGCAGAGGUGGGAAAGCAUCUGGCCCAAGUGCUCAGGAGCAGGCAACAGGGAAAGCGACCUGUCAGUCUGAUUGGUUUUAGCCUCGGCGCUAGAGUGAUCUAUUUCUGUUUAGAAGAACUUGCCAAUGAUAAAGGUUGUGAAGGUGUCAUAGAGGAUGUCGUGCUGCUCGGAGCACCUGUGGAUGGAUCGGGGAAAACAUGGGAGCGGCUCUCGAAGGUUGUUGCUGGGAAGAUCGUCAAUGGUUUUUGCAGGGGAGAUUGGCUUCUUGGAUAUGUGUAUAGAGGUUCAUCUGUUCAGCUGUCUGUGGCAGGGCUUCAGCCAAUCAGCUCAAAUAAUCGUCGCAUAUUCAAUGUGGAUCUGUCUUCUGUGGUCAAAGGUCACUUGGACUACAUGCAUCAGAUGGACACUAUCCUUGUAGCAGUUGGCGUUCCUACCAAGGAGGGAGCUGGAACUACCCCUGGCCAUUCUCACGCAGUGAUGUUAAGUGAGGGGAAACUGGACAAUCCACUGGACCAGCCCGUCAAACACAAUGCACAAUAUGAAGAAAAGCUUAUAGAUGCUUCAAACAAAAGUGAGGAGAAUAAUGUGAAGCAUGAAUUCCGAGAGAGUGAAGAAGAAGAGCACAGUGCUGGCGGAGCGCAAGAGAAUGGCUGGGAUAUUCCAGACAUAUCUGACUUGCUAGACUCACUAAAUGUCUCUGAGUCUGAACAAAAGAACAACAGUAUUUUCACGUGCACUGACGGCGCUGAUUGCACCGAGGGCUCAGAGUGUCAGUGCACACAGGAGGAAGAGGGUCAAUGUGACACAGACAGUGAGUGCGUUCCCUGGGAAUGGGACACCAAACACUGGAGUACUGAGCAUACGAUCAAACACAACAGUAUAAGAACUGAAUGUCCCACACAGGAUCAAGUGGCCAAAGGCAAACAGACUUCUUCUGCAACACUACCUACGCACUCACCACAUAGCCUGGUCACAGAGCACACGACGACAGCGCACAUGGACUCCGAUGAGAAUUAAAGGUUAAAUCAGUGCUUCAUGGUCCUUGUACUGGAGUACCAAUAUGCUGCUGUUAAACACCUGAUACAUCUUGAGUGCUAAGUAUAAAGGGGUUGAUUCAGGUGUGUUAUACUGUAGCAAUAAAUAUAUUGAGGUACAUGAAGCAGUGAAAAGAAACUGGAAUUUUAUAUAAACUGGAAUUUCCUUAAACUUGUCUCAGCGAUUUAAAAAUAAUGAUGAUGUUAAUUUCUGUUGGCAGUGUGACGGAGAAAUCAUUUAUUUUGAGCAUUCUGGAAAUUACUGCCGCACCACAUCCAUUAUUGUUUGUUAAUCAAAUACAGUAACAACACUGC